AUGGACCCGUUUGACGACGAGACGGAUAACGUUUCCUCGACACCGCCGCCUUCCGAACCAUCGACCAAUUCAACCUCAAGCGCGCAUGAGCCCAGCAGGUUUCCGGACUAUCAGAUGUGGACCACCGAAAGAUUCAAGCGAUUUCCAAACUUCACAGCAUGCCAUGACCCUUCUCGAGAGCGGACAUGGUGGUGGCAAUUUGGCUUCAGGAUGAAAGACCACGGGUCCGAAUCUCAUAAGAUCGUAUGGGUCUGCGAAAGAUGCUUCCUUCGCAACAAAACGAAAGCCGCGCGUUAUACGUUCAUCGCCUCAACCGCUGGGAGUAUUGUUCGCCAUCUUAGAAAGGAACACAAGGUCGUCCAACCUGUUGGCUCACAUGAAGAAGUAGCUCUUGGGACUGGAGCUGCAAAACGAAACGUGCUUGAUAUGCUGCGCGCUGAUCCGAAAAACCCUCGAGACCAGAGUCUCCUUAGCAAUCUGCACACUUUGUUUGAUCCAGCGAUGAAUCAGCUACUCCUGCUGGACUGGCUUACUUACCACAACCUCCCUUUUAAUCUGGUUAAUUCCGAGCGUUUCAAGCGACUGCUACUCUACAACAACCCUUGUCUUCAGGAAGGGCAGAUACCAAGCGACAGGACCCUCGUGAAUCUCCUUGAAAAGGAGUACAAUCGAGCUCUUGACCCCGUAAAAGUUCUUCAGAAAGCGAGAAGCAUGAUUCACUUUACUUUUGACGGCUGGACUUCCCGACAGAACACAUCAUUCCUUGGCGUUAAUGCUCACUUUAUAGACCGGAAUUGGAAACAAUGGAGGAUUCUGUUGGCAUUACCUGCUCUCCGAAAGCGCCAUACCGGAGCAGCCUUGGCAGACGAAGUUGCUGACACGAUCUGUGCAUUUAGCCUUCGGAAUAGAAUCGGGUACUUUACGCUUGAUAACGCAACGAAUAACGAUACGGCUAUGGAGGCACUUGCGUAUGAGUUUGAUUUUGACCAAUACGAACGUCGUAUUCGCUGCGCUCCCUAUUUCCUCAACCUUGCAGUAGAGGCAAUGAUGUAUGGUGGUAAAAAGGACAAUUUUGCUGAGCUGCUGUCAGAUUUGUGGCGCUGA